UCCCUGUUCACCUUGGCUGUUCCGGCUGUGUGGUUUAUUGUUGCGUCAGAGCCAGAGAGAAGCAUGCCGGGGGAGAGCACUCACAGAUCUGUCCCCACAGCGAGGCAUCCGGAGCGGGGAGCUGAGGAGACUGGGCUCCCUGGACCAGACAUGACCAGACACCCCUCCACUGACUCCACUCCAAGUGACAGUGGCUCCAGCCCCAGUGACAGUGGUUCUAGCCCUUCACCCAGCACUCCUCAGAAGCUGCUCCCAGCAUGCACCUCUCCAUUUGGUCCACGACUAAUUCGUGCCACACCCAGCUCCUCUGUUACUCCAAGACCCCAGCCUGAGGGCUCUGAUCAUCGCCACAAUAACACACCCAGACUCUCCGGAAAGUUAGGUGGUCACGGACCUUGUGGUCGCCAUGUCCCUGUAAAGAUGGAGAGAAUUAAGGUCCUCACUGGCUCUGAGGUGGAGAGUGACUAUAAAGAGCCAGAAACUAUGGACACAAGGGUGGUGAUGGGUCAGGAGGCUCUGCUCAAAACAAUAGAGAUUCAGAAAGGGAAAACACUGGGUGAGCCAAGCAGCCAGGCUAUCCCCCUGCCUGCCAUCCCUGGCUCUUCAGAUCCCCAGUCACAGGGAACAGAAACCCAAGUGGACACUACUAAAGAGGAAAGCCAAGAGACACAGAGCUCUCAGAAACAGCAGGAUCAGGAGAGAAACCCUGUACAGCCCCCAACCAGUCUCCCUUCCCCUUUUCUCACCCCUCUAAUCCCUGCUUCCUCUCCCUCUCCAGAGCCAGUGCAUGAUAAUUUGACAGACGACCAGGGAAAGGGUCAGCCCCUCCCUCAAGAUGAAGUGCCUUCCCUGUCUUUCUCUGAGCCGGCCUAUCCUGUUGCUUUGUCCUUCUCUGAGCCAGCAUUUGCUGUUGACCCACUACGAGUGGGUGUGCCCUCAUCCCUGGACCCUGAUCUGUACUAUACUGCCCCCUCUACCCCUAUCAAGAUGUCUGCCCGUCCUUCUCACCUUAAACAUCGCUCAUACCCUGGCUCUCCUGCCUGCCCACUCUCCCCUGGCUCUCCCUCCGACAGUGAGGACUUGUGCUCCCCUCUCACCUCUCCCUCUGGCUCCUAUGUUACAGCAGAGGGAGGCAGCUGGGCCUCUUCUUACACCUCCUCCACCUCCCCCUCCACAUCUCCCAACCUGCUUCUUACAGAGGAGGCACAGGAGGCACCUGCCUGCUUUGUCAGCUCAUUGUCAGAGAUUGGAGAUGAAGUUGGGGAGGACAGAGGACGAGGAGCAGAACGGGAGGAGGAUAGGGGUGGAGGCUUCUGCCUGUACCAUUCUGAGGGUUUUGGUGUAAGUUCACGGUUAGGUGUAACAGAGACAGUGAUCCUGGAAGAGGAGGAGGCUCUUAAAGUGGAAGAUGUGAUAAUUUCUAGGGAUAGCUGUCGUCCUUGCUGGGUGACUGAGGACACAUCCCCUCUAAGGAGCAGCAGUGGCCGGAGCAGUGACUCCCAGGAAGAGGGAGGGAAGUCUGAAGAGGCUGGUUUGGGAAUAGCCGAGUACCCUAACCCCAUGCAGACAGGCCUGAAACUGCAUUUGGACGCCUGUGUAUCAGAGGAACAUUAUGCACAGAUGGAUGACCACCCAGAGGUGGCCUCCACUGCCUUCACUCCUGACACAGACAACCUUACAAUGGCUUCAGCUAGUCUCAGCCCUGACUCUCCUGUCUUUCCCAUGGAUGCCUUCGCACCUGGAGGCUUUGAUGGCCCUGGUUCCUUCAUGCUAUACCCAGGGGCCUACACUGAUGAUGGGCCAGAGGAAGAAAGGAUGAUCCCUGCCUCUCUCAUCUCCUUUCCUGUCCAUACAAGCCUCAUCUUCCAAGCCGAUUCCAUGGAAAUCACACUCUUCCCAACAGAAGAAGAGAGUGAGGUAGGAGAAGUGAACGACAGGAAUGAAGGGAAGGAUGUUGAUGCUUAUGCAGCUGGAGAGGAGGAGGCAGAUGUCGAAGAUGAUGAUGACGAUGAGGAGGAGGAUGAGGAAGAGGAGGAAGAUGAAGAGGAGGAGGAGGAGGAGGAGGAGGAGGAUGAAGAAGAUGAAGAGAUAGGUGAGGAGGAUAAAGUAGAGGUGAAAGUGGUUGAAGAGGAAGAAGCAGAAGAUGAGGAGGAGUGUGAUGGUAAAGCAGUGGAGGAUCCUACAGAGGAUGACACAUCUGCCUCCUUCCUCCAUUCUCUUUCAGAGACAUCCAUCAAUGAGGGAUUGGAUGAAUCCUUUUGUUUCCAAGAUGAUACAGAUGACUCUUUAGAUUCUGCCUCAUAUAAUGGGGAGGAAGAUGAACGUCUGUACAGCACAGAGAGGCAUGCACAAUCACUAGAACCAAAACCUCUGGAUGCACUAGAUCCUACUGAAUCUAGGUCAGAACCUGAACCAGAGUCUACCAGUGGAACUGAUCAUACUGAACCUUUGCAGAAACUGUUGACAGAUGAACACGUGGGUCACCCAGAGCCACCCUGUCCUUCUGAAGCCCUCGCUGCCCAACCAGAGUCCUCCAACAGUCUGAGUGGGAGUGAAAGUGAGAUGGAGAUCUCUUCAGGGUCUUCAGACCAUCCUAACCAGCCUAAAGACAACCUUGAUUUCACCCCUGCUGCCAACCCUCCUACCACUCCUGCUGUUGAUCAUACCACUCCACCUAACCCUACUAGUGCAUAUCACACUGCCCCUCCCUCUGCCACUAUCACUACCACAGAGGAAAAAACAGACCUUGUUAAUUCAGUUGCAGCAACAGAGAUCAGGCCAGAAAUGACAGUCUCUGAAGUAGAGAAUACCCAGCUGAAAGAUGUUGAGGCAGAAAAAGACAAACAAAGAAUUGAGCCUCCAAGGGAGGAACCUGCAGAACCAGAAAGAGACUCAUUCAAAUUGCUUAUAAAGCCCCGGCAUUCAAAGUCAGUCAGCUACAGGGCUAUAGGCGCAGGUAAAUUUGGGUUAUCCAAACCUGACAUCUAUAAAUCUGAUGUGUUAGGAGGGGCAGAAGCCAUGACAAAGUCCAGUAUCCACACCAAGUCUGAGAUGGAGCUUGACAAGAAGAACGGGAAUGCCACUUCAGAGUGUGUGAGUACAAGCACUGAGGGCGCUGCUCCCUCUGUUAAUAUGGGGUUGACCACUGCCACCAAUGACUUGAAUAAAGGUGUUCUUCUUCUUUCCUGUCCCAAAGAUCCUAGCCCCAAUCCCAGUAACAUUCCUGUUUCUGCCUCCCCAGAAGUUGUGUCGGACCUUGCUGACAACCUGGCCCUGACCCCUGAACACUGCCCCUCUGACUCUGCCCAGGAGAACUUGAGAGAAAACACCCUGAGUGCUGAAGAGGGAGGACCAGGGGCUCUUGGAUCCCCACUUUCCCCCCUGGCCAUCUCGCCCAAGAGGGAAAACUCAGAGACAGACACAAGCAGGAUGAUGGGAUGUGGAGCUGGAGCGUGGGGUGCUGAUACGAUGGGGCUGGGCUUAGGUUUAGGGUUAGGACCAGUGACUGGGCUGGCUGCCUGGGGAGCAGGGGAGUCUCUCUCCCUGUCUCUGGGGAAAAGAUAUGAGUUAGAGGCGGAGAGCCUGUUAAUGUGUGACAUGGAGGGCCAGAGCACACAGACCGCAGUGGCUCCCAACAUCAGCAGAGAAGUAAAUGACAAUGAUGAUGAUGUUCUGGGUUCUGUUGUUGAUGAAGAAGAUAAUAGUCUCUGUGGGAAGAGGGACAGGAUGGCAGAUAUGGAGUUGGUAGGAGAAGGAGUUCCUGAGUCAAACCUGACCCACUGGAGGUCCAUUGAGGAAAUCUCAGAGGCAGGGGGUGGAGAGGAUGGAAGCUCUAGAUUCCCAGAGGAUGAUGUCAGUAAUCUAAAUCCAGAUGAUGAUGGAGAUAACACAGACAUGCCAGAACAGGAUACAUGGAAGAAUUCUAACAAUAACAACUACCCUGCCUUCAGCUCCUUGACAGCAUCAGUUUGUGGAAGUCUAAAUGCUUUGUCAGAAGAAGUGAGACCUCAGAGUGUGAGUGUCAGUGUGAGAGAGUCCAUCUCUAACAUUCCACUUCACGAGAUGCCGCCUCAGACUUCUGACACAGUCUCAAAUAGCCAGCAGAAACCAACCGACAGCUCUCUAAACCUGUCAGAAACAACGCAGACACCAUCCUCAAAUGAAGGUCCCUGUAGCAUCUCAAUGCUGUUAGUUGGAACUCAGGUGGAUACAGCUGUAGCAGAUCAACUUUCCUGUUCAACAGACAAAGCCAACUCAAGACACGAUAAUACUCAAGACUGUCACUCAGUCACCCCAGAGCACGAUAUAGCAUUUUCUCUGCUACAGGGAUCCUUUGGUUCCUUCACUCCUAAAUGCAGGUUCACUGAAACCAAACCGGGUAAAAUUUGUCAAGAAACUACCCCAGAAAUUUGUAAAAACACAAUGGAAAAUAUUGUUUCUCAAUCAGAACCAGAGAAAGUGGAGGCACAGACUGAGGGCCAAAGAGACAGUGAUGUCAGUCCUGUGGCUGACAGACAUGUUGACCAACCAAAGACUAAAGAUGCCUUUAGAGGACAGGAAAGUGGUGUUUUUAGCUCAGGGGAAAGACACGGAGAAGAAAAAGUGGAAGAGAAAGUAAAAGAGAGAGGUGAAGAGAAAGAGAAACACAAAGGUGAAGAGAAAGAGAAAGAGAAAGAGAAAGAGAGAGGUGAACAGAAAGAGAGAGAUGAAGAUAAAGGAAAGGAAAGCAAAAGAUGUCUGGCGCAGAAUGACGAAGAAUCUCAACGUCACACCCCUGAGGGGAACCUUUGCACAGAUGAACCUCUUGCUGCUAAGAAAGGGAGGAGAGGGAAGCAAAACAAACACAGGGCAUCCCAGACAGGCAGGCAUGCCGACACUGACCCUGAAUCAGCUGAUGAUCCAAAGAAACCUUGUGUUCCAUUAAAUACUCCGGCAGAUGGAUGCUCAACAGGGGCCACAGGCAGUUCUAAAAUUAAGAGGGGCCAAAAGCCCAAAAGCAAAGCUGUAUCUUCAGACACACAACAGAGGACAUCUGGGAGAGGCAAAGCUGAAUGUGAUUCACAGACGAGAGGGAAUAAUAGUCCUAGUCCUGAUGUCCACGUCCCUAGCCACGGACAUUGCAACUCCAUCACCCAUACCCCAGACAACCUCAAUGUUGUUGCAACAGUGGACCAGGAGGCACCACAGAAACAGGAGGUGCUUGAUAACAGGCCAUUACCUGACAGUCAGAGAGGAAAUGCCAAGGACAUUAAUGACAACAACAUUAGGAGUGGCCAUAGCUCACCUACCCAGGACAUCAUGUUAUGCUCUGUUACUCCUCUCUCCACUUCAACAUCUCCCCUUUCUUCCUCCUCUCCUCUCCUUUGUGCCUCCACAGAACCACAGGAUGAUCUUCCCACUCCUGUUCAGGAGUCCCAGUCGCUCCUACCCCCAGCCCAGCCUCAGCCUCAACUGUCCAUUUGCCAUAACAGUUCUACCCUCCACUCUACAUCCCCAACCACCCAGCCAAUUUCCAAAUUUAUUCAACACAGCAACCUCCAAGAGGCCACUGUUGCCCCUCCAACACCAACUACAUCUUCCUCAAGUUUCUCUACUGCCCUACCUUCCCCUAUAGCUCUGCCUAGCCUGUCCCAGCCUACCCAGGAGUCUGUACCUGAGUUGGGGACUCCAAAUGCAGUGCCUGUUCCUGAUUCUACACCCCUUCCCCAUUCUCAAUCCCAUUUACAUUCUCAGCCUAACAUCGACAUCCAACCUCACAAACAAGCCAAACCAGGUCGUGCAAGGAGCACACAAGACAGGUGCAGAGGUUCCAGCCUUGUUGAGGAGGAGACCGACAGCGAGGAUGAUGAUGAUCUGCCUCGACGCAGUCACAGAUCCCAGCCCAGAGGAGUUGCAGGAAACAGAAAUGGAUCCAUACAUAAAGAGUCUGGCCCAUCCAAUCAUAGGGAAAUCCAGUCUUUCUCUGCCCACCCACUAGCAGACAGACAACUAGGCUGUCCAAUCAGCCACAGCCACAAGAUUUCAGAGGAGAUUGACCUAUCCUUCAAAAACAAUUGUUCCAUAAUGGGAUCCUGUAAUGAGUCUGAGAGUGAAGGGUCAGUGCCUGAGCUGGAAGAGCCAGAGGUCAUACCACUGAGACCGUCAGAGCCCCAGUCCAUCUCCCCGGCUGAUGAGGGGAUGAACAGACCCAAACAGAGCCGCAGUGAGAAGAAAGCCCGCAAGGCCAUGUCUAAACUGGGUCUGAAGCCAGUCCAUGGUGUGACCAGGAUCACCAUCAGGAAGUCCAAGAGCAUCCUGUUUGUCAUUAGCAGACCAGACGUCUUCAAGAGCCCUGCAUCAGACAUUUACAUUGUAUUUGGAGAGGCCAAGAUCGAGGACCUGUCUCAGCAGGUUCACAAGGCAGCGGCAGAAAAAUUCAAGGUGCCUGUGGCCUCUUCUCCCUUGGCUCCCCCUGUUCCACCCAGCCUCACAAUCAAAGAGGAGAGUGAAGAGGAAGAGGAAGAGGUGGAUGAGGGAGGUCUUGAGCAGAGGGACAUUGAACUGGUGAUGGCUCAGGCCAAUGUGUCACGAGCCAAGGCCGUCCGUGCACUGAAACACAAUAAGAAUGACAUUGUGAAUGCUAUCAUGGAGCUGACCAUGUGAGUGGUGAGAAUUUGAAUCCUGACUCCCCCUCCCACCCCGCAGCCUCUCAAGCCUAAACGCCUCUGACUCUUCUGUAUCGCUGCUAUGUUGCAUCCCCAGUACAUGCUAAAUAAAGUCUGUUAGAACAUA